AUGGAUGUUAUUGCUUCUGUUGAUUCGAAUGGUGUGUCCUCGUCUUGUUUGACUGUUUAUUGUGACGGUAGUAGCGGUGAUGAUGUCAAUGCAUAUUUAGGAAAAUACAGGACUUCUGGAGGUCGGAGGUACUUAACUAGUGAUUGGGAGAGCUACAUUUCUCAUGAAGGGCAGAAGUUUGAGGGUGCAGUGUGUAAAUUUUGUGAGAAGUUGCUCAAAUAUUCAAUGGAGAUUGGAUUCAAGUUGAAGUAUUUGAAAAAUGAGCCUUCUCGUCUUAGUGCGUAG